AUGACAGAUAUCCUUAAAAUCACCAAUACCAAUCCUCGUGGUAUUCCAGAAGCUCCAUUUAUAGAUAAAGUAGAAGACUACGUCAAGAAUCCAGAUGUUGACUUUGAUAAGGUUAUUUCUGCGUUCCAGGAUCGUUUACAACAAUACAAGUUUAUGGAAGUGUCUAAGAAACAACAAUUAGGAGACUUAAAUGUUAAAAUACCGGAUAUUGAAAAGAACUUGAACAUAAUAAGUCAUAUCAAGGAAACCAAGAAAAGCGACGACGAAGAGGAUAAAACCAUUGAAACCAAUUUUGAGUUGAACGACACGUUAUAUACCAGGGCCGCUAUUGAUGCGUCGAGCUUAGAAUCGGUGUACUUGUGGUUAGGUGCGGAAGUUAUGUUAGAGUACCCACUUGACGAAGCGAUUGAAUUAUUGAACGACAGGUUGAAGAGCAACACUGCGCAAUUGGGACUUGUAAAGGAGGACUUGGAAUUCUUAAAGGAGAAUAUCACCACUAUGGAAGUGAACACGGCAAGAUUGUAUAACUGGGAUGUCGAAAGAAGAAAAAAACUAAGAGCUACUGAAGGAGGUGCUAAGAAUUGA